AUGUCGGAGCCUCUCUCAAGAAUCGCUGUGGACCACGAGAGAGACUGGAUUCGCGUUCAGAAGAAUGUCGCGAAGGCUAUAACGGAUUCCAUGGAGGCGCGUUUGGCGACCAUGCCUGGCGGGAAGGAUGGAGAGGCUGCUAGGGUGAUGCGGAUUGAGCUGGAAGAGAGACUGGGAAAGAUACAAGAGAGGAUGUGGCAUAUGGCAAAGUACAACAUCCAAGUGAAUGGCCAGAACUACGAAGACUACGUGCAAGCGACCGAAGGCUUUGAUGAAGUACUCGACAGAAAAAUUUGGGGUCUCAAUACCGAACGGGUCGAACAUGAGACGCGAAUCGCCGAGAGGCGCAAGCGAAUGCCGGAUGCGAUCUAUCAGAUGGAAGAAGAUCUGGAAGGGAGGAGAGAAGAAGCUGAGUGGUUGCCUGAUGAGCAGGAGGAAGAGACAGACGCGUCCAACGCCCAGGAGCUUCCAAAGCCAGAGAGGUAUGAGGAAGUCAGAGAGACGUUUGAGAUUGCUGCUGCCAAUUUGGCUGAGGUUGCGAGAUCUGCACCGAUCCAACUUCAACGGGCGCAACGGGCUCAGACGGUGCAGGAAGAGAUUACGAACAUGCCUCCUUGA